CGCCUCAGCCUCUUUGGAGCAAAGAGAGAGAGAGAGCAUGCAGCGUAUCUCUACCGCCGUGCGUCAGGCCAUCGUCGCCAGGGCGUCCCUGCCCGUGUCCCAGCUCGCCGCGCCCGCGAUCGCGAUCCCCGCCGCCUGGAGGUUCAUGGGCGCGAGCGCGGGCCUGGACAAGGGUGAGGUCACCGACCGCGUCAUCAACGUCGUCAAGAACUUCAACAAGGUCGACCCCGCCAAGGUGUCCCCCACGUCCUCGUUCUCCGCCGAUCUCGGCCUCGACAGCCUCGACACCGUGGAGGUUGUCAUGGCGAUGGAGGAGGAGUUUGCGGUUGAGAUCCCGGAUGCGGACGCGGACAAGAUCACGUCGGUGUCCGAGGCCGUGGAGUACCUGGCGAACAACGCCAACGCUAAAUGAGGCGACUUAGUUAUCAUCUUGUAAGAAGUUUGUGUAUCUCCGCGUAAGU